CGUGGAGGCAGUCAGGCUGUUGUCACAUGGGUUGUGUUUUCUGUCCGAUUAGAGGGAGGGGUUGAGACUUUAGUUAGAGAGAAGUUUGAAAGUUAUGUGUUGUCUUCCGUAACUUGGAUAACUGAAGAGGACUGAAAUUGAUCUUCGUUGGUCUGAAACCAUGGAGAUUCCUGCCAUAAAUCUUAAGGCCAUAGUACUGGUGCAUUGGAUCCUGACAAUCUGGGGCUGUAUGGCGUGGCUGCCCCCCUCUUAUGCUUGGGGUAACUUCAGUGUUCUGGCUGUUGGGGUGUGGGCCAUAGCCCAGCGGGACUCCAUCGAUGCUGUGCUUAUGUUCCUCAUCGGGAUGACGGCGACGUUGCUGACGGACAUCGUCCACUUCGGGAUCUACUACCAGCUGACCGAGGGGCUGUCGGACAGGAACCGGGACACGUUCCGCUUCAGUGCCGGCAUGGCCAUCCUCAGCCUGCUGCUGAAGCCCGUCUCCUGCUUCUUCGUCUACCAGAUGUACCGGGAGCGCGGCGGAGACUACAACGUCAACUUCGGCUUCCCCAUUAUGUCCCGGAACAGAGAGGCCUACCAGUCCAUCGACCAGCAGGACCAGUCCUCCAGCCCCGCUAACCCCUUCAACCAGGCCCAGGACAGCAAACCAAGCGCGGUCCGCUCCUACUGAGGCCUGCUGGAGGAGCCACCCUGGCCCUCCUGUCCAUUGCACGCUUGGUGUCGUUAUUGUUGUCCUUGUUUGUCAACAAUGUUUUGAUUUGUUGAGCUGUAUGAGUUUUAUUGUCCUGAUAUGAGCAGAAUCUUUGAUAAGAAUGACCAUGUUUUUUAUUUUUUAUUAUAUCUAUGUCAUUUUGGUGGGAUUUCAUGAACCAUCUUUUAUUAUUGUCCCUGUGUGUGUUCUAUGAGUUGCUACAUAGACGCUAUAUCUACAUCAAGUCUAAUUGUAUUUAUAUUGCCCUUGUUACAAGCAAUGUCACAGAGGACUUCACAUAUGCCCAUAGACCUGCACCUAAACCAACCAAGUGAUGUAGAAAGGGGCAGCUCGUAGGGUGCUACAUCACCUACAGCACGUCCUCAAACACCUUCCAAGCUUAACAUUACUUGAUGGUCUGGUGGAAGUCACACUAGGAAACAUUUGUUGCGUACUGUAAGAAUGUCCUGACCUUUUACCCACAUAUUGAACCCACUUCAUCAGUCCAGUCUGAUUCCAAAACUUGAGGAACUGCUGUUCCCAUCAACUACGGUAUCAAAUCUGGUAGAAAAUAUACAUUAUAUGAAAAAAUCAUUUUGAAGUACUUUAAGUUGGUGUUUGAAUUGCACUGCUAAAAGGCUUUUAGGUACUAUUGAGGGAUAGUGAAUGUGAAUGUAUACAACAGGCCUAUCGUCAGUGUCAGGAACAGUGAUUUGUAGUCAUCAGUGGGUUUUAGGUAGUGAGUAAUCAGUUGCUUGUGACAUUGUUGUGUAAUGAGGCCUUCUGACAGUGGAUGGCCUUGUGUUCGUCCAAGUUCUCCUAAGUUCUCGUUUUUCACACAGCUGAUGACUCCGUUAUUGCAGCCGUACGGUCGAUGGUGUCUCUUGUCCAGUUCUUGCUAAACAAAUGAUUAACCCUUGAGUCUACUGCCUGUUUCAUGUGAUGUUUCAAAUAUUGGCUUUCUCCUUCUUUACGUCUUUCCAACAACACUAAACCUCAACAUACCUCUGCACCAACUGUUGUGGUCAUCUUAAUGAAACAACACAACUUAUUCAUCUUGUUGACUAAAUAUGAAAUAAUUUUUUAUUCACACCGUUUUUUGUUCAUGCUUUAAAGUUUAUCUGGUAUCUUUAGAUGGUACAAGUAGUGUAGUGGUGUCUGUUGAAAUAUGUACACAAUCAAAUAGUAAAUCAUGCAAAUUAUAUAGCGGUGGUUCAGAAGGUGUGUGUCCAUGAAUGAAGGUGUGGAUAUUUCCUUUGUGCCUCAUUUUACUAUCGACUGCAACCCUGGAUGUUACUGUGUCUGUUACAAACCUUUCAUACACCUGCCAUUAACAGUUUCUGUGUUUGGAGAAUCGUUUGACUGAAUUGUGAGUGCUUCCAGACAUGACAGAGUCUUCCUAUAGGAGAUGUUGUACAUGUCGUUCUCCUUUUUUGUCUGUGGUGAUGUCGAUUUUUGAUUUGUGUCUCGAAUGCUUUUUUAUUUGGAUUUGGGAUUUUUGUCUCACUGAUUCGAUCGGAACUCUCUGUCUCUGUGUCAGUAGUGUCAGUACCUAGUGUUACCAGAUGGUACCGUGCCCCCGGAUGUAAACACACUUCCAUUUCCAGGUUCUACAUUUGGACUGUGAGGUAUUUAAAAAAGCACAAUAAGGUUAUGAUUAAAAAAUCAC